AUAAUCGUUUUCAGAAAACAUUGUUGAAUUGCUGCAGUGAUUGCCUUUGAAACUGAGAAUAUUUAGACCAGAUUCUGGCAUGAUUAAAUUGUUUACUGAAGAACCAGCCAUAUUAUUUUAGAAUAAUAUCAACCUGCCGGGCAUGUCAGUUCUUCAUUAUAUUAUUAUAUCUGUUACAACUGUUAUGUUAUCUUGUCGGCAAAAAAUAAAAUUUAGGAAAUUGUUUAGGUGGAACAACACAUGGAAUCUUGAAAGCGGGAAAGAUGAGUGACUGUAUAUCCAUAUAUCCUGGACUCCUGUCAACCUGGGAGGCAUAUCCACGUGUACACUACUUCAGAGGAAGAUAUACUGAUCUACUUACAAGAUUUAAAAGAAUAAAUAGAGCAUUGCCAGAAACAUUACACGAUAAUCAACUGAUGACUUAUCUAGAGGAGUUGAACUCAUGUCUUGCAAAUAAAUACAUACACAUUAUUGUCAUUGGAAAGGAAAAUCUACAAUCUGAAGAGUUAUAUGUCAGCAAACCCGAAACCACAGACACAAACAACGUACGCCAAUGUGCUUGCCUGACUGUCAUAAUAUGCCAUGCGGUAAUAGACAAUUUGGAUGAAAAAGGAGCUAAUGUGAUCAUGUCUGUCAUUCAACAUGCAGAAGGAGCCAUUUUCCAAAACAGUACAGAAAUUGCUGAUACUAUUCUGAUUACAUGCAAGAUAAAUGCCGCAUUUUCCGAAACAGAAUGCAUGAGCUUUCGUGCAGACAUACAAAAACUAGUACAUAACACCAUUCAUGCUUUUAGAAAUAAAUUUGAUAUCAUAAUAGUAUCUGAAUCCCGUGAUAUAAGAUACCACAUAUCUUUAAGUUAUGAAAGACGCAUUAUCAAAGCAUUUGUUCUCAUUCAGUCAUAUUUAGGCCUCUUUGUCAAGGGCAAAAAUCAAAGUAUUCAAAACGCAAGGGGCGUAGCGACUGAUCUGGUCGUACGCCAUAAAUUAAGAGAUUUUCUAUGCAACUGGCGUGCAAUGACCGAUCUUGACAAAACUGAAUUCGUUGCACAGCUUGUAGGCCGACUGGCGCGUGACGUUAAAUGCACGAUUAUUUCGCCAAUGUCGCUGAAGUACGUUUUACCAGCUUGGUUAUGCAAUCGCCUUCUUCAUGAAAUCGAAUUUGAAGAGAGUUUGGUUAAGUCGGUUUCAGCAAACACCAAAGAAUAUCUUGUAAAAUUUGAUAAGCUUUACAAGUCUUCACAGCAAAAGCAACCAAUAAAAGUAGUCGGUUAUAGGCAAAGGUCUCCUAGUUCAAAACUGUCGAACUAUUUAUAUCGCAGUGUUCUGGUCGAUUCAAUUCAAAAAGAUUUUACGUUUACGAUUUCGAAAGUGGAAAAGGUUUUGUCUUCAAUGGAAUCCUUGACAACUGUAAUGAGAAAAAUGAUGUUUGAAAUCCAGGGCUAUCUGAAACAAACACUCGUACAUGAUGCGAAUUCUUUACAAACGGCUCCCGCCUUGAAAAUCCCAGACAGUUUGCGCAUUGAAAUACUGGCGAUCCAAGGUGUAUAUGGACUGGGAACAAUAUACGGUCAACUUGAAAUUCACGUGGAAGAGCACAGUGAAGCAAGGAUUGCUGAGAUGAUGGAGAGGCUGAAAAUACUGACAAGAAAACAUCAUUUUCUUGAUUCGUACACAAUUAAGAGCAUCAAACAAUGAUAGAAGGGCAAUCUUUUAAAAUGAACCUAUAUUUAAUAUCAAGAAAAGCAAGUUAUGACACGUUGACGCUGUUGGAAACAUUAUUGUAAUGUCAUUCACGUCGAAUAUUUGACUCUACUACACAGUGAUCAAACGCUAAUAGUUUCUUUUUUUUAUUUUAUGCUUAUUGGUGAAAUACUGGAAAAUAGCAGUGAGAUAUAAAUCGAUAUCACUCACA